AUGCCGCCGAGCCGGGGUCCAGCCGCCCGGCAGGUGCUGCUCCGCUGGUGCCUCGCCGGGCUCUCUGGGACCUCUUGGACCUGGCCCGCGGCUGCCGGUCAGGAGUUCCGGUGCUGGCCCGGCUCCGCGCCCUGCACGCUGGGCCCCUUCCGCUUCGGCGCCGCCCCCCCGUCGGCGAGCGACCCAGACGCCGCGGCGCUCGCCCCCGAGGGGGCCGAGUGCGGUAACCUCAGCGGAGCGCCAGGCGCGGGCGCUGUGCUGCUGGAGGGCGUCGCCGCCUCCAGCGCAGUGUCCUUCCCCGUGCCGCCGAAUGCCACCGGGAGCCCGGGGCGCUGGACGAUCUGCUACUGCGUGAACUCUCCGGCCGGGAGGUGCCUCGGCAUCGAGGGGUUCAGCGUCUUCGCGGGCACCCUCACCGUGGCCGGGCCGCACUACGCCUCCGACCUGUCCUGCACGCUGGGCCUUCCCUGCAGCCUCACCCUGGAGGGGCUCGACCUGGCGCAGGCUGACGCUCUCAUUCUGGUGAGCGCCGCGGACAGCUGCGGCAGCGCUGCGGAGUGGAACGCCUACGAGGGCUUCUCCUGGCCGCUGAGGCCAGACCUGGCGGUCGGGCCGCAUUCGUACAGCCUCGGCACAGCCACGGCGGGCCCCGUGGGGCCCGCGGGGCGACUCUGCUGGGGUCGGGGCGGGCGGUCCUGGCGCGACUACGUCGUGGAGGUUGGCGUGCUCUCGGUGGUGGGCCCCCACUUCACGGGGGAGCUGUCCUGCGUGCUCGGCGGCGCCUGCGCCCUGGAGCUGCCCGGGCACGGCAUGGACGUGGGCAGCGAGGUGUGGCUCGGCGGAGGAGCCACGCCGCCGGUGGCCGUCUGGAAGGUGCAGGCCGCGGCCCAGGCAGCGGCGUACGCCUGCAGCGCAGACGCCGCGCUGGAUCUGAGCCACUUCGAGGGCCUCGGCCACCCACAGCCAGCCUCGGUGACUGGCGCACUGGGCGCAUCGUUCUACAUGGGUGUGCCUCUGGGGGGUCCUGUGGGCGCCCUCUACCAAGUCUGCUGGCGGUACACGCCCAUGAGCACCACCACGACCUUCACGACGGCCUCCAGCAGCACCACGCUCACCAGCACCAGCGCCACCAGCAGCACCACUGCCUCUAGCAGCGCAACCAGCAGCAGCACUGGGACCACCUCGACAGGAACAAGCAGUACCACUGGCAGCAGCACCAGCGCAACUAGCAGCAUCACUGUGACCACCACGACGGGGACCAGCAAAACCACUCGCAGCACCAGCAGCGCAACCAGCAGCGCCACUGUAACCAUCACGACUGGGUCCAGCAGCGUAACCAGCAGCACCUCGCUUACCAGCACGUCUGAAACCAGCAGCACCACGCGUAGCAGCACCACCGCAACCAGCACCACCACUCUGACAAGCACAACGGCAACCAGCACUAACACGCUUAGCAACACCAGUGCGACCAGCACUCGCAGCAGCACCACAGCAACCAGCAGCACCACUGUUAGCACCACGACGGAGACCAGCACGACGAGGACCAGCAGUACCACGCAUAGCAGCACGACGGGAACCAGCAGCAUCACUUUGACUAGCGCGACAGAAACAAGCAGCACCACUCGCAGUAGCACCAGCGCAACCAGCACCACUACUGAACAAGCAGUACCACUCGCAGCAGCACCAGCGGAACCAGCAGCACAAGUCUGA